AUGACAAGCCACAGUCACAUAGCAAAGGAGACCAAGGGCGAGGCGCAGCCAGCGCAGGAGCAAAUCCACAACAGCGACAACAACAGCGCCACAUUCAACACCGCCAUUGAGCGGAAACAGGGGAAUCGACUGCCCGAGACACUUGAUGCUUACGGUUGGGUUGCCCUCUCUGAUAAGCUCAAGACGGAGCGCCGGCGGGUGUUGGAGGACCUGGACAAUCAUACCCCUAGAUCGUCAUGGUCCUCUCGCUCCUCGUCCUCGUCCUGGGGACUUCGAGUAAACACGGAAGCCACAGAGGCGAACAGCCAUUGGUCAGGUCAUCAGUUCUACGAGGAGCUUAAUAUCAGCCUACUUUACGAGCAGUAA